UACAUCGUUUUGCAAUUUUCCCUCUGUCGUUCUCUCGGUGUCGCUCCCUCCCAAAUUUAGCCGGUGAAAAGUACACAGAGCAAAAGCUCUGCGAAGUUGAAUUUUCAUGCAAAUUCAAAGUAUUAAAAGAGUUUCUUGUUUUCAUAUAACUAUUUUUAUACGAAUUUCGAAACUCCACUGUAAUACAUUUUAUUUCCAUGAAUUUCUAUUUUUUGGGGCAAAAUUUCAAGUUAUUCAGAAAAUAGACUCUCUUUUUCUUUUUCCAAAUGCCGCCUAAAACAGUCAAGAAACCCAUCGAUGUGGUGGAUAUCGAGAGCAGCGACGAAGAGAAUGAUGCGGGCACUACUGCUAGUAAAGGGAAUAGGAAAGCUUCGUCGAACAAAGCACCAACUCCCACCAAACCCUCAAAACCACAGCCUCAGCAGCAGACCUCUAAACCAACUACCCCACCCGUUGUCACCGACAAUCAAACCCUUCUGUUCCGGAGUUUCUGGAAAGCUGGGGCUGUUGAUAUUGGUCCCGCUUUCAAAUCCGUCGUUGCUGCUGAAGAUAAUUUGGAGCAUGCCCGUGUUCAUCCAAAGUUUCUUCAUUCUAAUGCAACUUCGCAUAAAUGGGCUUUUGGAGCAAUUGCUGAGCUUUUGGAUAAUGCUGUUGAUGAGAUACACAAUGGUGCUACUUUUGUGAAGGUUGAUAAAAUUGGUGUCAUGAAGGAUAACUCUCCGGCCUUAGUCUUCCAAGAUGAUGGCGGUGGAAUGGAUCCUGAAGGUAUUCGGAAAUGUAUGAGCUUAGGCUAUUCUUCGAAGAAGACUGACACAACCAUUGGGCAAUAUGGUAAUGGAUUCAAGACAAGUACCAUGCGGUUAGGAGCUGAUGUUAUUGUAUUCAGUCGUGCAACUCGGACAAGCCAAGCUACCCAAAGUGUUGGUCUUUUAUCUUAUACGUUUUUAAGGAAAACGGGGCAGGAUGAUGUUAUUGUUCCAAUGAUUGAUUUUGACAUCAGUGGCAACUGGGCAGAACCAAUAAUAUAUAGCUCAGAGGAUGAUUGGAGUACAAACUUGAAAAUAAUCCUUGAGUGGUCUCCCUUUGCCUCAAAGGAGGAGCUCAUGCUACAGUUUGAGGAUAUUGGAGCCCAUGGAACAAAAGUAAUCGUAUACAACCUGUGGCUCAAUGAUGAAGGCAUAUAUGAAUUGAGUUUUGAUGAUGAUGAAGAGGAUAUACGGUUGAGAGAUGAAGCCAGUCAUGCAACUGAAUCAAACAAAAGAUUAAGUGAACUACGAUCCCAUAUUUCUUACCGGUUAUGCUAUUCAUUAAGGGCAUAUGUUUCCAUGUUGUACCUCAGGAAAUUUACAAACUUCAAUAUAAUAUUAAGAGGGAAACCAGUAGAGCAAUAUGAUAUAACAGAUGAAUUAAUUCACUCAGAAGUGGUAUUGUACAAACCCCAACUAGCUACAACAUCAAAACAGGUUGCAGCAGAAACAACUAUUGGGUUUAUAAAAGGAGCACCUGCUCUUUCAGUAAGCGGAUUCAACGUGUACCAUAAGAAUCGUCUCAUCAGGCCCUUCUGGAAAGUCACUCCUGAUGGUUCUAACAGAGGCAAUGGUGUUAUCGGCGUUCUUGAAGCAAAUUUUAUAAACCCAGCACAUGACAAGCAAGAUUUUGAGAGAUCAUCACUUUUUGUACGGCUUGAAACCAAGUUGAAGCAAAUGGUCAUGGAAUACUGGAAAGGCCACUGUAAUUUGGUGGGAUAUCGAGUUUUUGGCUCCAAGGCACCUAACAUCCAAAAGAAUCCGCCUGUUGUACCUCCUGUUGGACUUGCCAGUAAUAUGGGGAAGCAGUUACCUGCUGACCAACAUAUCACUGGUUCUUCGGUUAGUGACUUAGGAAAUAUGCAUCUAGGUGAAACUAUUGUCAGUCUUCCAGCAAAUGUUGAGCAGGAUUUGAGAAAGGAACAAUCUGGAAGCAGCACUAGAAGUACAUUCCAGAAAAAUUUGCCUGCAGGCUCUUAUGAAGUAGUAACUCCUGUAGAUAGUGCAGAACGGGUAUCAGUUGAUCAGAUAUGCGAAGAGAACAUUCAACUCUUCAUGAGGUGUGAGGAGUAUGUGCAAAGACAGUCCGAGUUAAAACAAAAGAUUACUGGCUUAGAAAAGGAGUUGAAUGAAGGUAAAAAGAGGUGCGCUCGACUUGCUGCUUACUUGGAGAGCAGAAGGAAGCAAAAGAUUAUGAAACAAUCUUCUGAAAAGAUUUGAUUAGCCUGACUUGUGCACAUCUUUGGAAUUUUGUCUUCUUAGGUGAGGCUCCGUAAACUGCUAAACGAGGAAAAUAUUGAGCAUCUCAGCACUACUGCAUCUUUUUGAAUGACAUUUGUAUUAUAUUUCCAUGUCAUAAACACUUAUUUCUUCUCAAUACUCUCUCCAUUUCUGUACCCGCUUCUUUUUCUGUUCAUUCUGAACCCAAACCCACCUUCAAAGGGGGAACAUGUAAAUCCCAGGACUCUUUUUGAACUUGGUAGUUAAGUCGCUACGGGGAGUUAAGAUGGAGGAGUUACUAAGCUCUGACACUACCUGCUGCUACUCUGGCUAUGUGUGGGACCCUCAAUCUGAUUACGGAGCUCUCUGAUUUCAGUGUCUAUUGGAGAAGAAUUUUGUUCAUUUAUUUGUGUAAAUGUAUAGUUUUUCUAUUUCUAAUUUAAAUUUAUGGGGGAGAACGUUUUGAAAUCAGGGAAAAGAUGCGAGUUUUGAGGUUUGGGCAUUUUCUAAUUGAGACUUGCAUUUUGUAAAUAGCAUUACCAAAGAAAAAGAAUAAUAGAAAUAGUUUAUUUAUUUAUUUA